GUCCCUUGCCUCCCCCUCCUCAUCACCCUCCUCUCUCUCUCUCUCUCUAACCCCUCUCUCUCCCCAUCGCGCUGGCCGGUUCCACCGCGACCCCCGCCUCCUCUCCUGCCGCUGCCGCCGUCGGAGAAGCUCGCCUCCGCGCCCACAAGCCUCAGCUUCGGCGGGAUCCGGGACGAGGAGGGGUGGAUGAGACGAGGAAGGAGGAGGAGGAGAGAGUGGGGGCGUAUGGGGAGGAAUAUCCCUGCCGCCUCCUCCCUGCCUCCACAAGUCGAGGGGGAUGAGGCUGCUCGGGCUCAGCCUGUGGGAUGUCGACUGGACCGGCAGCGAUGGAGAAGAAGGGCCGGGCAGGUGCGUACAGGCGGGAGAAGCUGGGGGCGCUCGUCGGUUGGGGAGAUGGCGACCACCUGAGCUUCUCAGAUUGAUCUAGACAGGGCCACGACAGCAUAAUCAAGGGGUGGGGGCGGGCAACCCUCUGAAGCCACGCAUGUCUACAGAGUAGAAGAGGAAUUUUGAGAAUGAGAUUGAUAAAGAUGAACAAGGAAGUAACGGUCAAGGAAGAAGAGUUAGAUGCUGCCGAAGAUGUCGAUGAGCAGCCGCUUUGUCACAAGCAUGGCAGCCUGCUCAACUAUCUCCACUGCCUGCAUACAGCUGUUUCAGAACAGCGCCGAUCAACCCAGAGUUCGGUUGUAGAAGAACGAAAUGAAGCACACAUCAGGAAGUCAUGCUCUUUCCAACAACAACAACAAAAGCGCAUAUAAGAGAACUUGAGGAAGAAGUGAAACUCCUCAAGAACCUUUCACACCCCAAUAUUGUGAGGUACCUCGGGACUGUCCGUGAGGAAGACACACUGAAUAUCCUGCUGGAGUUUGUUCCUGGAGGGUCUAUCCAGUCGCUUCUUGAAAAACUCGGUUCAUUCCCGGAGGCAGUCAUUAGGAAGUAUACUAAGCAGAUUUUGCAAGGGUUGGAAUAUCUCCAUAGCAAUGCAAUAAUACGUAGAGACAUUAAGGGUGCAAACAUUCUUGUUGAUAACAAAGGCUGCAUUAAGCUUGCCGAUUUUGGGGCAUCUAAGUGUGGUGUUCUUCCUUCAAUAAAUUGGCAGAUGCUUGCUUCUGUUAAUUAAAGCUUCAGUCUUAGGAGAUCCUGUCAUGGAGAUGGUUGACAUUACGGACAAGUUCAUACUCAUGUUCAUUAAGCUGUAGCUCCCACAACCAGUUUUUCUGCUGCAAAGUUGGACAGAGGUUUGCAGUUACAAUCAAGUUCCGUACCAGCAUGCGGCAUCGGUGACAUGAUGCCGGAGCAAUGGCACUAUCGCGGAUUUUUGGUAUAUAUCUAUUUCCAUAGAAGAUGCAUGUAUGUUGCAGCGGCUCGAGUUGUUUAACGUUGUACCAGCAUGCGGCAUCGGUGACAUGAUGCUUGAGAACCUUGUUGUCUAACGCAAAUAUUUUCUUAUGUUCGGGUGACAAGCUUUAUGCUUUUGUGGCCAAUAUAGAUAAGAAAUUCCCAUUUAUA